AUUUAUUUUGCUUUCCAUUUAAUACAUUUCCGUGUUUUGUAAACAAACUGAUCCAUUGCAAUGAAGAUGAAACGGGCAUCGUCUCAUCGAAAAUCUCCACGAGACUCAACCACAUCUUCGAGCAGUGAAUGCGAAGCUAGCAGAAGCAGAAGCAGCAGCAGUAGCUGUUCUUCGACCAGCUCAAGUAGCAACAGCAGUCCGGAGCGAAAAAAGCGUAAGAAAAAAGAGCAACGGAAGCUGAAGAAAAUUAAAAAGAAGGAAGCAAAAAAGGAGCGCAAAAUCGUAAAAGCCCAGAAAAAAGCUUUGAAAAAACUACAAAAAGAAGAAAGAAAGGCGGAGAAACUGUUGUUGAAGCAGCAAAAGAAAGAAGCACGAGAGGCGAAACGAAAGGACAAAUCUGGACCAUCAGCGGUUGCUCCGUCAGAUCCGUCAUUGGGGGCUGACGAUUGUGGGAUUCCACUUAUUUUGAUGAACACGAAGGCACGUGCACCGGAAACGCGAGAGCAAUACGAAGCAAGACAGGCGGUGCUGCGGCGUGUCGUCGAUCCUGAAACGGGACGCACCCGAUUAGUGAAGGGAGACGGGGAAAUCGUCGAAGAAUGCGUAUCUCGUACUCGCCACAACGAAAUCAAUAAGCAAGCGACGGCCGGAGAUGGGGCGGAGUUCCAGCGCAGGACGAUUGGAUGGAAUGUAGACUGAAACGAAGGCAUUGAAAUAAAAAGAAUGUGUGGAUAGUG